AUGGAUUUCAGAAAGUUAUUUCUUGUUAUUGUUUUUGGUGUAUUUUUAAUAUUUGGCUGUGAGGCUAGACCCGGUAAGAUACCAGUCGGCGUUAUAAAAAAGGGCGCGAAAUAUGUUGGGAAUGGAUUACGAGCACUGAACAUAGCGAGCACGGCGCAUGACAUAUACAGCGCUUUUCACCAUAAGAAAAGGAAGCAUUGA